AUGUUGGGAAAUAAAUAUAAUCCAGAUGUUGGUUUCUGGUUUAAUAAACCAACUUAUGCACAAUUGCAUAAACCAUACGCUAACGGCUGUCCGCCUCCAGAUAUAUGUAUUGAGCAAAAUUUUUCUUGGAUAGAGUUUAUUGGAAUCGCAUUACCCGAUAGUCAAGGUCCUUUCCAUCAAAAUCCGAAUCCUGGAGUAAUAUCUGUCCUUGCUACUCCUCAAAAUUCUCCAAAUGUCAGACCUACUUGUGCACUAUAUUUUGUUUACUGGGAUGGUACUAAUUUGGUUUACUAUAGAAUAGAUUGGAAUGAACAUUUGGUAUUAGGAUGUGGAUGGACAAUGGAACUAAAUGAUGUACUUGAUCUGAUUUUGACGCCAUGA